CCCUUCGCGCAAAGGGCCUGGAUCGCGUUGUUAGAAAAGAAUAUCCAGUUCGACCACCGGAUCAUCGACCUCAAGGCCAAGCCUGCGGAAUUUGUUGAAAAGUACAAACGGGUGGGCUCCGGCACGGCCCUCGUCCCGCUGUUGGAACACGGUCAGGAGCUCGUCAUCGAAAGUACCGUUGUGGCGAGGUACAUCGCUGAGUACGUCGGCGGUCCGGAGCUGUAUCCGCGCACGCCGGACGAUCUCGAGAGGAUAGAACGCUUCCUGGCGCGCUGGGCCGACGUCGAGACGACGUACUACGAUCUGCUGCGGGCUUCGAGCGACGCUCAGGCGGAGGAGCGACGCGCUCUUUUCGUCGACCGGCUCGCGGCGGUCGACGAGCUGCUCGAUAGAGCGCCGUUCCUGCUCGGCGACGAUUUUAGCUUCGCGGAAUGCGUCGCCGCGCCGUGGGUCCAGCGCUUCUUCGUCACGCUGUCGGGUGCGGUGUCGGGCAGCUCGCGUCGA